AUGGCAGCAAGUAGGUAUCUCGACGAGUUUGGCCACAGUCCGGUAGUGUUCGAAGCUGGAGAUGAGAGUGGUGGAAUAUGGGCACCGCGACCAACGAAUCGUGUGGUUUACCGAGGUUUGGUAACAAACAUUCCUACCAUGUGCAUGCAAUCUUUCGAUCUGGAUUUUUCCGACGGUCUCAAUAGCUACGUCACGGGACCCGAGCUGGGAAACUAUUUGAAGCAGUACACCGACCACUUCAAGUUGAGACGGUUUGUGCGCUUCAGCACAACGGUGAAGAAGGUGCUGCCCUUAAAGUCAAUAGAUGAGGAGCUGGCAGACCAAGGGGCCUGGGAGUUAACUUGGGAGAACUCCGAUUCAAGCAGUACCGAAAUCUUUGAUGCUGUUGUUGUGGCAACGGGGCAUUACGAGUUUCCAUACUCGCCAGAAAUUCCUGGUCAAAAUGAGUGGCUGGCGGCAUCAGGACAUCGGCAAGUCGUGCACGCGAUCUCUUAUAAUGACCCGGAUGCCUUCAAGGGCCAGUCAGUCUUAAUUGUCGGUGGGCGAUCCUCGGCAGUCGACAUAGCACGAGAGCUGCGCAGCAGGGUUUCAACAUUAUAUGUUCUAGACAAGGGCUGCCAAGAAGUAGAAACUGCCGAGAACUGUUUUCAUGUUCCAUACGGAGCAACUUUGUCUGAAGAUGGACAUCUUGUCUGGGAAGGGAAGGCCUUAUCCGGAGAUCCCGUGGACACUGUAAUCCUUGCUACAGGGUACACGUACCAGUAUCCCUUCCUUGAUGAGAAAGCCGAGCUGACCUUCGGACCUGAGAGACGAUAUGUUGCCCCGCUCUACCAACACAUCAUACACGCUCGCCGGCCAAGCCUCUCUUUUAUAGGCAUUCCGCUUGCUGUACCUUGUCCACUUCCACUCUUCGAGGCGCAAGCAUAUUUUUCAGCUGCACAUUUGAGUGCGCCGUGGACUGACUUGCCGGAACGGUUGGGGUGGGUGGAUGCUGCCUUUGAAGCCGUCCAGAACAGUCAGAAUCUGCAUUUUCUGUCUGACACCUCCUGGGACUACAUGAAAUGUCUGCUCAAGGAAGCCGGUAUGGCUGAGGAGGACCAUGCAAGGUUUGUUAAGCGUCUCUCUUUAGUUCAGGCAAUCUACCGUGAUCGCGUACAACGAAGGCCGAACAAGCCCUGGGAUGAUGAUUUGUACCGGCGCUGCCAGUACAAAGCCGACUACGAGAAUGACCGCUUCCAGACGGCAGAGAAAGUCUGGGGGUUGCGUUGGGAAUCCAAAGGUGCGGCGCGCGCAAGCCAGAAUCCGCCUGCAAGGACCUUGGCACGCGACGCUGUCGACACAGCACAUGUCAGCCGUUGCGAUUGGAAGUUUGGGCAGGCAGGUGAAACUGCGCAUGUGCUCUCCAUCGCCACAGAGUAUAGACAAGAGGCCAAAGAUCCUGAGCCGACCUGCGAGAUUUCGAGUCUAGUCUCGCUUCAGGCAGUCAUACUGCAACGAUCGGCUCGACUCCUGGGAUACAGGCAUGGCCGAGCCUCAAAGCUGCGCGAGCGCUGGGUCGGCUGGGGUACCAAGCUGAUCGAGUAUCGGAAGGCACUGCAAAAAGGCUUGGCAAGUGGACGAAUGGCAUCGACAGACCCUGUCCUGUUGAUCGACGGCUGGGACUGUAUGCUGAUUGGACCCGCCGCUGAGUUUGUGCAGAAAAUGUCGUCGCCUCCAUUCAGUGACGGUCAUCAGCCGUGGUACGCAGGUGAACGAAUUUGCGGACCGGACUUCUUCAAGGCGAACCGGAUCGAUGCGGUUUACCCCGACCCGGGAACGCCAUGGCGCUACCCGAACGCAGGUUGUGUGGCCGGGAGGGCAGAACCAGUGCUGGAGCUUAUCAACGAGCUGUUGAAACCGUCAGGCGAUGGAGAGAAGUUUCCAGAGGAUGGAGACGACCAGGGCAGGCUGCAUGAGUAUCUCUUGGACCGAGGUGAGCGUGGACAAAGUCUCCCCUACUUCGUGGACUCCGAGUGUCGGAUCUUCCAGUGUCUUUAUGAAGCAGAACCACAGUGGCAACUUGAAGCAGCGAAAGAAGGCCAGUUGCUCCCACGACUGCGCAACAUCCAAACUGGCCAGCGGCCGAUUGUGCUGCAUGGCAAUGGGCACACAGGUCGCUGGUUCAUGUCAGGUCUCUGGCGUGAUAUGGGCCUUUUGCAGAGAGUCGGUCUGACGGUGGAGGAGCUUAGUCACCUUCCGCAUGAUGGGCCUGUGCCUCCCGGUACUAUUCCAGAUGAGGCGCACCUGCACAUGGCCAGGUUCAGAAUGACCAACACUGAGCUGAAGCUCAAGCGCGAGCGCAUGAUGGAUGCAUUCAAAGCAGGGAAGGCUGCUCUUGAGGACUUGCGGCUACCCUACUUCUUAGCUUACGGAUCUGCGCUGGCAGCCUUGCGAGAGGGGCAAUUCCAACCGUAUGAAGAUGAUAUUCAUGUGGGUAUCUAUUCCUGGGACCUUGCAGCACUGCAGCGCCAAUGCACGGAAUGCACGGCCAAGGAGCGCGACCACUUGUUGAAAUCGACCUUUGACAGGUUUGGUUUCGAGCCUGUGCAAGAAAUCGUCGAGAACCCACUGCAGGCAUCAGCCGGCAACAACGUUCAGCAGAACCAGGCGGUCCUUGUCUGUCCAAGAUACUACAUUGCAGAGGGAUGGUCUGAUGACAUGGCCUUCCCCAUUUUGUACAAGUUCACUCAUCGGGACAGCUUCGUGCGAUUCGACAUGAUGGUCUUCACGAUGCAGUUCGGGCAGCUCUGGGACUUCGCAGAUGGUGGUGCCGAGACCUCAUCAGGCUGGCGCUACAGCUUGUUUGCGCCACAGCCCGUUCAGUUCGAGAAGAUUAUGACAUUCACUAUGCCUGCGCAGCCGAUAGAAGACCACUAUGGGCCAGACUGGCAUGUUCCCCGGGUCUACAACUAUGUUCAGAGCUUGACCUGCUGCAAGAAUCGCUGCCAAGUCCUCAGGGUCCAUCCCUUCGAUGCGCGCAUGAGACGUGUGGAGCUUCCCCCAGCCGAGCCUUGGGAGGUGUUCAAGUCCUCGGUUCGACAAUUCCGCGUGCUGUAUGCCAAAGCCAUGGCUGACUCCGAGCAUGAGUUUCCAGAGCAGAAGCUUGACCUCUACAAGUUGGAAUCGAAGCCAGUCGUGCUCUUCCAGGCAGCCAGCAUGUGUAAGGAUGAGGGCAACGCUUCAUUUUGCAAGAUCUGGGCUGCCAAGGCGCGCCUAAAGGACGGCAAGCACAGCGGCGCCUUAGACAAGUAUGAUGAAGGAAUUUACAUCAUCGAAAAGUGCAGAGAGGUCCUCUUAACAUGGCGCCUGAUUUUUCGGCAGAUUCAUAAUGAGAAAGCAGAGAAAGACAGGAAAGACAGAGGUCUCAAAGUAUCUGAUCUACUUGAGCCCGAUAUGCCGCGUGAGUUUCGUUCGGAUGAAGAUGAGGAGAGGUCUCUUCGGCUUGCUCUACUCCUCAAUGCGGCGCAGGCUGCCCUCCAGUGUGAGAAGUGGAGCAUCGCUGAAGCCCGGGCAUCUGCUGCUUUGGAGCUUGAGCCGCAAAACAGGAAGGCGCUGUACCGGCGCGGGCUAGCACGAGCAUCCUCCGCAAAUGAAGAGGGCGCUAAAGCGGACUUCUGGUCCUUGUUGAAAGUAUCCGGCUUCGACAGCAAAGAAGCUCUCAACCAGCUCCAGAAGCUCCUCCCCAAAGAUGCGAUUAAAGCUGAGUUCCAGAAGAUACGAAGGGAAGCUGCCAGGGAGCAGAAAGUUGGCGCAAUCCUCAAGGAGCUUGAUGAAGAUGAGAGGAUUGCCACACAGGAUGAAAGAUACCAACGAUAUCUGGGUGACUGUGAGCAGAGGGCGGCAGAUGGGCAACGAGAGCUCACUUUCGACGAGUGGGCCAAGCAGUAUGAGUGGCGUUAUGAUGCCGACGAGCGGUUCAAGGCAAGGCAGCUGUACCCUGAGUGUUUCAAUCACACCGGGCCGGCUCCACUCCCUGUAGAGGACUGGGAGGUGGACUACUUGACCCACAAGGAGAUCGAGAAGAUCAUGUACAGGCGUCAGACCGAAAUGCUAGCUGCUCGCCGGCGAGAAAGGGAAGCCAAAGUACCGGAGAAGACACCGCCAGAGGACUCUUUUUGCACCAAACUUCAUGUGGACAAAGAGGAUGAGCAGAUUCUUCGGGAUGCUGUCAUCAAAAGAGGAUACAACUAUUGGUGGUGA